UUCUCUCACUUUCUCCCUGCUUUUGUUUUGAUUUUUCUUGGUAUAGAAAUGAAGGAUACAGAUUCUCAAUCAUCAUCUCCACGCUGUAGGAAACACCCAUAAUUGCACCCAACAAUCUUUUUUCGCCAUGGAAACCUGAGCUGUUAGGCCUAGUUCUUUUCUCUCUUCUUCUCUUUCCCUUUUUUCUUCUUCCCCUGUUCCAGUAUAAAUACCCAUCAAUCUCCAUCAACUUUUUCCUCCCAAGCUAACAACCCAUCUUCUCUUUUUCUCUCCUUCCAUCCAUCAUGGAUCCCUCAUGCACUACUGCUACCUCUGUCAAUGGCUUCUACAGCUUGCUCAACCGAGGGCUUGAAGAUCUUGAUUGCUCCUUCAUUUCCCAUAACUUCAUGUCAAUCCAAUUCCUUCAAAAGUUCCUCUCUUUUCUCAGAUCUUUUCAUUCCCACUUGACUCUUUUGGUUCAAAAGCUUCACCUUCCAGUUGGGGAAAAAUGGCUUGAUGAAUACAUGGAUGAAAGCUCUAGGCUUUGGGAAGCCUGUCAUGUGCUCAAAUCAGGCAUCUCUGGGAUGGAAGGUUAUUAUACUUUGGGUGGGAAUAUAGCAUCCUCUCUUGAUCAUCAUCACCAUUUUAACCCUCAAUAUUAUAGACAGGUUAUAAGGGCAAUCUCUGCUUGCCAGAGAGAAAUUGUGGGUUUGGAAGAGGAGAACAAGAAUUUGGUGGAAACAAGAGGACAGCAACUAUCUCUCAAAUUUGAUGAGAAUGUCAUGGUGGAAUCAAAGCUAAACGGGUUUAAUGGAUUUAGAGGUGUUCUUUAUGCAAUGAGGAACGUUACCUCCUUGCUUCUGAUGAUCCUGCUCACUGGAUUGGUAUAUUAUUGCCCUGAAAUGAGUUUUCUCCAUAGAGAGCUUGAAGGGAGACAUAUGAGAUUUGGGUCAGGAUUCAUGGUUUGGAUAGCAAGAUUGCAUCAAAGAGUGGGGAAUGAAGUGAACCGAAUUGGUGGGCAGCCAGGGAUUAUACUGUAUGAGUUCAUAGAAGCCAGAGCUGCCAUGGAAGAACUGAAAGUGGAGCUUGAGAGAGUUGUGGAGUAUGAAUCAGAAGUUGAGAUUCAAGAAAAAGUGGACAACAUCAAGAGCUCCUUCGGGUUAUUGAGAUGUGGGGUGGAGACUAUAAUUGGACAGAUUGAUGAUUUCUUUGAUGAAAUAGUUGAAGGAAGGAAAAAGCUUCUGGACAUGUGCAGUCAUAGGUAGAGUGAGAGAAAGAAAGAUUGGACAUGUGGAGCUAUAGUUAGAGAAAAUGAAAUGAAUUAAAAUGGCAAAAAAAGAGUGAAAAGAUGUGAAGCUGAAAGGAUUUAGAAUUCCUUUUUAAAGUGGCAUCAUAUCAACUUAGUUUCAUCCUUUACCUUCAGUUUGUAUGUUAACUUGUUUUUAAUGUUCUUCAGCUUCUUGUUCCUCUGAAAGCUGUAGCUCAGUAGCUGCAUUAAUGGUGUUAACUCAAGGAAACCCAGAAAGGGAAAUUCUUGAGGGGAAAAGGAAUGUGAUUCCUCCAUUGAAGAAAAGCAAUGUUGCCAUGUAAAGAUGAGAAACGAGGAGAAUAUAGAAGAGAGACAUUAGCUUCAAAGGAAAGCAAGAUUUUUCAAUCCAAAGGGCAGAUUCUUCUCCCUGUAGAGAAAAAAGAAAACGAUGCUUCUUUCUUUGAGCCUUUUCUUCUGUCUCAAAUUAGAAUCAGAUCUUGUAUUCAUUAUGCAGACAUUUCUUUUUCUGCAUAUCAUGAUAUGAAUUGCAGGGUAAUUAUUGAUACUGCUGUAUUUUGCAGCUUGAAUACACAGCCAGCUAGUAU